AUGUCACACGGACAACGGGGGCCAAGUCCACCACCUUUUAUUGCCUCUAUCUCUGCCUGUGGAAUGACCUCAGACAGCCCCAAUUACCAUUUACCUCGCGUGCUACCCGAGCAUGUUCAGUACUCGGCGGUCAAUCACCGACAAUACCAUAGCCCUUACAGAGCCGCAAAUCUCGCCUCCCACAUACCGCCGGUGAUCAACGCCGAGAAUCAACGCAUGGGUUCGCCAGGCCACCACUCCACGCUUCGGGCUAACCCUAGGGAAGCCCAGGUCGGUGUUCACGCGGAAAGUUGGCCUGGCUUGAGUCCGGUCGACUGA